GUCGCUGUUAGGAAGCGUCAUUUUUCCUGCUUACCUUCUUACGCGUAGCUCACAGCUCAGUUGGGAAACUGACAGAGAAGCCAGCAACACACCGGCGUGACAACCGCAGCGUUCGAGUGCACCGUGCCUUAAAACAUGAUGAACCGUGACGUGGCUGACCUCCCCAGCGGCCCGCUCGAUGUCUACAGGAAGAAGGCCUCCUUCAGCUGGAAGGACAUGGUCCGCUUUAUAGAUGGAGAAGAUGUAUAUCUAUUCAAGCAACAUGUGUUCAGGACACUGGAGAACGACCCUCUGUUUGCCCGUCAGCCUGGUGAAGAUGUCCCCAUAGAGAAAAAGAGAGAGCUGAACUUUCUGAGUACAGUCAUCCAUGUAGAGGAGGUAUCCACAGCCAGAUUUGAUGACUUCACCGAGGGGGUUCAGGCUUAUGAAGAACAGUGGGGGGAGAGCAUCUCCUUGGAGUUUGUGAUCAACUCUCCGGACUUUGAGGCUGCAAAGUUCUGGGUGGGGAACCUGGGAAAGACUGCUACCCAUGCUGUGGUGUAUGCUCAGCUCUACACACCUGAUCAGGUGUGCCACGGACUGCACUCUUUUGUUGUCCCGCUGAGAGAUCCCAAGACCCUGCUGGCUUUGCCUGGUGUGCUGGUCGGAGACAUGGGGAAGAAGCUGGGUCAGAACGGACUGGAUAAUGGGGACCCUAAAAAGCGUUUUGGGGCAUCUCUUGGUGCCUUAUCAGGGGGCAGAGUGUAUAUCACCAGGAUGGCUCUUAUCAACCUGAAGUUAGCUUUGACAGUGGCUAUCCGCUUCUCAGCUGCCAGGAGACAGUUUGGACCCACAGACACAGAGGAAAUCCCUGUUUUAGAGUACCAGUUACAGCAAUGGCGUCUGAUUCCGUACUUGGCGGCAGCCUAUGCUCUUGAAAACUUCACCAAAUCCAUCUUGAUGAACUUUGUUGAGUUUCAGAUUGGACAGAUGUUGAAAGACAACAGUGACACAGCAGGGAUGGGCAGAGAGAUCCAUGCAAUUGGUUGCUCCAGCAAACCACUGGGAUCAUGGACUGCUCAAAGAGGCAUCCAGGAGUGCCGGGAGGCCUGUGGUGGACACGGAUACUUGGCCAUGAAUCGGCUGGGUGAUCUGCGUGAUGACAAUGACCCAAACUGCACAUAUGAAGGAGACAACAACGUACUGCUGCAACAGACCAGCAGCUAUUUGCUCUCCUGGCUCCAUGCAAAACAGCGUGAUGGUGUGCGGAUUGAGUCUCCCUUUCACACCGUGGAUUUUCUGGAGGAGUCUCAGGAGAUCCUCAAAAGCAGGUUCACUGCACUCACAGUGGACGACUGUGUGGAUUCUGCAGUGCCUUUGGCAGCCUAUAAGUGGCUUGUGUGUUUCCUGCUGGAGGAGAGUCAGAAGAAGCUGGAACAAGAGCGAGCGUCGGGCAACGAUGACUUUGAAGCCCGUAACAACUGCCAAGUUUACUACUGCAGGUCACUGGCCAUGGCCUACAUUGAGCACACCUGCCUGCAGAGAUUUCAUGAGCUGACCACUAAUCAGGACACACCAGCUGGUCUCAGACCAGUAUUAAGGAAACUUUGUGCCUUGUAUGGGCUGUGGAGCCUCAGCAGCCACAUGGCGACACUGUACCAGGGUAGUUACUGGAGUGGACGUAAGCCUGCUGAGCUGGUCCAGAUGGCAAUCCUCACUCUCUGCUCCCAGCUAAAGGAUGAUGCAGUAGCCUUGGUGGAUGUCCUGGCACCCACUGAUUUCAUCCUCAACUCACCUAUUGGCUGCGCUGAUGGACAGAUUUACAACCACCUGUGGUCCACAGUAAUGCAGGGCAGCAAAGUGCUGGAGCGUCCAUCCUGGUGGAAGGAGUUCUGCUCAGACAAACCUGUGCUUGGAUCUCUGCGGCCUAAACUCUAAAACCCAGUCGUGCUCUGCAAAGGAUCUCUGCCUGUCUGUGCAGUGCCUGAACUUGCUUGGGCUCAAAUUCCAACAAUGUUAGGAAAUGUUUAACAAGUCCAUUAAAAACUUUACAAACUGUGA